CUUGGGUGAUCAGUUUGCGUCCAGCAGUCGAACGGAUAAGUUUAGUUUGCGGUGAUAUUUCUUCAAGGUGUACAAAAGAGUUUUGUUGUGGUGUUCUUGAGGUUUUGCGUGUAAUCUUUUACACAUCAGUGCUGUACUUUUGGCGCGAACAUCUUCUCUUCUUCCAAAGCCCGCGCACAUUUGAGGAGUCUUCUUAAAUUAUAAGAACAAAUAUUAGAAAUUUUUUUGUCAUCUAUUUGAUAAUAAUCAAUUUCUGUGAGUGCUAAAAGCUCAACUUGAACAUAGUACAAAAUGCCAGCAGUUGAAGCGGCGCACUUUUUGGAUUUGGGCCCAGAAUUGCCAGAGAAAAUUAAAGAAAUCGCCUAUAGACAGGGUGAAGAUCCAAAUAAAGUAUGUGCCUACAUACAGGAAUUUCGAGAUUUAAUUUAUGAAAAAGGAAAUUGCACCCCACAUCGCACAGAUGAUGAAUAUCUACUAAAAUUCCUGCGAGCGAGAUUCUUUCGUGUGGACAAUGCAUACAAAUUGCUAUGCAGAUACUACAAUUUUCGAGAUCAAAACCCCGAAUUGCACGUCAAUGUACGCCCAAUGAGCCUUCGUCCUAUUGGGGAAGAUGAUAUUGUUUCCGUGGCUCCGUAUCGGGAUCAGCAUGGGAGGCGCCUUAUGUUGUACAAGAUUGGCAAUUGGAAGCCAUCAAAGAUUCCCCUGGAUGAUCUCUUUCGUGCCACGCUCAUCAUUCUGGAGAUUGGAUCGAUGGAGCCACAGACGCAAAUUGUUGGUGGUGUAGGUAUUUUCGACUUGGAGGGGCUCACACUCAAUCACUGCUGGCACAUGAGUCCGUCUGUUGCACAAAAGAUGAUCAGCAUGAUGGUCACAUGCUUGCCACUGAGAACAACCGCCAUUCACAUUGUUAACCAGAGUUGGGCCUUUGAUGCUGUUUUUCAAGUCUUCAAGCCAUUCCUCAAUGAACGUAUGAAGGAGAAGAUCUUCAUUCAUGGCUCGGACAUGUCAUCCCUGCACAAGCACAUUUCCCCAGCACACCUUCCUGAACGCUAUGGCGGUAAAAUGUCCGAAUAUGACUACAACACAUGGUUGGAUAGUCUCAAGCCCAAUGAGAAGGUACUCAAGGAGCUUCUACAGCUCGGCUACAACAUCCCGCAGGAGGAUCUCGUCUAACUGUCGUGCAAGACACUUGCGGGCAGGAGCGCAAUUUAAUAUAGCAUUGUGGAGAUUUACGGGCACAGGAUUAGUCGUGUGUGGGUGGGAAAAUCUCAGGUCAAAGAGUGAGCUUAUUUUUGUCAAUUUUUCAAACAAAUAAAUAAUAUGCCUUUUCUAUCGCCUCAA